AUGAAAAGCGCUAACUUUAACGUCUUCUCAGAAGGCUUUUACGACAAACAAAACAUAGCAUCGGUGCUAAAUAGCGUAUUCAUAUAUUCCAUCAUCGUGGGGUCUUGCUUUACGAAAAUUCCGCAGCUGACCAAAAUCGUUUCGAAGAAAAAUGCAGCGGGUAUCUCCUUCGCGUCGGUCUACGUGGAGAUCCUCGUAGCUACCUCUUUGAUAGUCUUUUCCAUAAAAGAAAAACUGGCCAUUAAGCUCUUCGUUGAUGUCAUUUUGAUAAACACGCAGAACAUCCUAAUCGUCCUCUUCAUGUGGAAAUACAGCAACAGCUGCCUCUCCAAAGUACCGCAAAUUUACGUAAACUACAAAAACCAGAGCACGGGCAACUUAUCAUUUGCGUCUUACCUUUUAAUUUUUUGCGGGAACUUGGCAAGAAUAUAUAUUAUCCUUUUUAACGUAGAGAAUUGGAUAUACUUGAUGCUCUACUACCGGAAUAAGGCAUGCUUAACGGCGAAAAAGGACAAGGAAAAGCAAUUAUGA